GUCAACUUAACAAAAUAAAUGCAAUUUGGAAGAAUGUUCAAGACGACCUCCUGUAUUCUGUGUCUCCAUCUAUCUAGAGCAAGGAUCCAAUGUUACUUGAAGAAAUGAUUCAUCUUCUCUGCUUGGUUGUUGCUUCCUUUGGUAAUCUUCUCAACAUCGAUGCAGACCUCUGUAUACAAUUAGAAAAUCUAUGGCUCUUUCUCAACAAAUUCAAGCACCCAAUCCCCUUAACAGUGAAAGCCUUUCAAGUAUAUUGCAUAAAAAGUCUCUAAAUUUGUAUUUCAAAUGGAUAGCCUUGCAUCUUGCAUCUAUGUAAAAGAAGAAACAGCUGGGAUGAAUAAACCUCCACCCAGAAAGUGCACCAAAAUUAGGUAGCCGAUUGUCAUAGGUCACAAUGGUAGAGAGACUCUGCUAUACUGACAGUGGAAUACUCAAGCUUUAAGAAGAUAAGAUAAGAGAGACAAUUAAAUCAAAGUUGUAUUCAUAUAUAAUUUAUAUAUAUAUAGCAAGAGUGCAGACAAAAUAAUUGCAGCCAAUGCACCUCAAGAUAAGUUCAAAUUACAAUGCGUGAAAUCUAUACGAUAAAGACCAAACCAAACUUUUUAAAACCAGGUCUGGUAGUAUCAUAUCUCAUCAUUAACAAAUAAAAAAAAAAGCUGAAAUAUAAUACCAUACAUUUGCACAAAAUUAGUUCUCCAGUUUCCCAUUGCAAACCCUUCUCCUAAUACUUGCCAUGCUCCCAAAGCAGACUUCUCCACAGAAUUAUCUUCAAGCCCCCCAAGCAUGUCUCUAAAGUAUUCAUUGUUGAAAUGACGAUUUUGAAGGAAGGAUCGAAAGAUGAUGGAGGAGCAAGCCUUGUUUAUUCUAUAAGCGGAGACAGCUGAACCUUUCAACAGCUUUCUAUGUAUUUGUCGAAUUUUCUAGCCUUAUGACUCUCUCUUAUCCGAGUAUUAGGAGUACUGAAAGAGGCGCUUUGGGUUCAUAUAAAUUAAUUAGGUUAUGCAUCUCAAAUUUCACUGACAAACUUCAAGUAUAUAUUAAUGGAGGAAGACUUCUUGAAGCCAUUUGUUUUUGGUAAAUGAGAGGACAAUCGUGAGCUGGAGGUUUUCAAGCAAAGCAGUUAUUCAUUCCCUUUCGUUUUGCCAUUAUAUACUAUAUAUAUAGAUGCGCCCAGUUUAAGAAAAAGAGUGCAGAUGUAUGUGAGCAAAGGAGGAGGCCACUGCUUUUGAUGCCCCUGUUUAAGAGGAACUAUCUUGCAAAGCAAAGCUGUGAUAAUCAUAAGGAAGGACGCAAGGAUGCAAAGGAAUCAUCAGAGACAGAAGAAAAUGUGGAAGAGCAGCAGCUGUUUAUAAAGGAUUCUGCUGCUGCUGCUGAUGAUGAUCAUCAUGAUAUAGAAAACCCACACGUUCCUUUGCUUACCUCAUUGAGAAAGAAACUUGACCUGUCUCCUCUCUCUACUCACUACUCCAUCUAUAAAGUCCCUCGGCGUCUCCUUGUCAAAAACCCAUCUGCCUACGCUCCGAGCAUUGUCUCCAUAGGCCCGAUGCACCACAGAAGAAAGGACCUAGAAGCCAUGGAAGAAUACAAGCAGAGGUUCUUCGCAGGUUUCCUUCAAAGGGCUCAGCUCAGUUUGGAGGAGUACGUUGUGUUCGUCAAGGAAAGAGAAGAGAAAUUGCGGAGUUACUACGCGGACGCUAUCCAGCUCGAGAGCGAUAAGCUCGUGGAGAUUGUGAUGGUCGAUGCAGCAUUUAUAGUCCUGCUCUUGGUGAUCGUCGCAGAAGAAAAGAUGCCAGAAUGUUGCAGGAUCUUUAAUAGGCCCUACUAUAUAUCAAACAUUAUGAAUGAUAUGUUCUUACUAGAAAACCAGCUCCCGUUGUUCAUUAUCGAAGAUCUUUUUGCUAAAAUCAAAAUCGAAAUCAACCCUUCUGCGGAGGAAGAAGCAGAUGAACGGGAAAUGGGACAAGAAGACGAGGAAGAAACGAAAGGAGGAGGAGGAGGAGGAGGAAAAGGAGGAGGAGAUUUUCUUUUCAUAGAACUCGUGUGCCAGUUCGUCAACUUAAGAGGGGAUAUCGGGACUAAAGGAUAUGAUCCAAUAAAGGUUAAAAACCGCAAGAUAGAGCACUUUCUGGACUGCCUCUGGGUUUGUCACCUAUCAUCCAAGAAGGAUUCACCAGUAAACAAGGAACUACAAAUUCCCUCACGCAUCCCUACUGCCACUGAACUGCAUCAAGCUGGAGUAAGAUUUGCAAAACACUCGAGUACCCAUCUCCUCGAUAUCGAGUUCAAAGACGGGGUGCUAUCAAUCCCACACAUGUUCAUGGGUGACUACACCGAAACUAUUUACAGAAACCUGCUCGCUUUUGAGCAGUGCCAUUACCUUGAUGACUCUCCGUUUACAGCUUAUUUCUGUUUCAUGGAUCAGCUCAUCGACAGCCCCAAGGACAUAGACCUGCUGGUCGAGUGCGGGAUUAUUGAGAAUACCCUCGGUGACAGUCUGCAGGCAGCGAACAUUUUUAACAGCUUGGCACAGGGUCUUCUUAUGUCAGGUACAUCUCAUUACGCUCAUCUCCGCGAACAGCUGCUGACAUACUACAAAGUGCCAUGGCACAAGUGGAAAGCGGCGCUGAGGCAAGACUACUUCAACACUCCGUGGGCGGGCAUUUCCGUGAUCGCGGCUGUGAUCCUUCUUGUGCUCACUGUUGUACAGACAGUAUUUUCUGUUAUCUCUUAAGUUUGCUUCGAAAUUAAUAUCAUCAAUGACAAUUUGAAUCCUUCGUCAAA